AUGGAUUUGGAUCCUCAGCUUUUGUAUUCAGCCCUACAGGAAGAGCUGAACUUAGCUUUCUCAAACUUACACGACGUUAUUCAAGACGUUGAGCAUGAAGUAGACCAUCUCAAUCAUGAUGGAAGUGUGGAUGCGGAUACGUUUUACACAUAUGGUAAAGCCGUCCUAGAACGAUGCCAAACGAAACUGUAUGAUGCAGUAGAUAAGUAUUUUGACGCGCGCCGCACCUUGGCGACUGCGGCUUCGCCAAUUACGAACUCCGAUGACGCCCCGCGUCUCACCCAUUCACCCGUUGUCGCUCGCGAUCUCCUGCGGGACGAGUUCGACCUAGUAGAAAAAAUCGAGGCCAAGCGCCACGAGUUGGCUAGAGCGGCCAUCCGUAAGUCUUCCGCCUCUCCAGUAGUUGAGCAAAGCGACGACUCGAGCCACGAAGUCGAUUCACUGUCAAGCUCUUCUCAAGAAAAUACACCACCCUCCAACUCCUCCUCAUCAUCAUCUCCCUUGAUGCGUGAGGCUUCUAGCAGCUCUAGUAGCCCCGAUCCGGAUUCAUAUUCCUCCUACUCUUACUCUUGCGACAGCGAU